AUGAAACGGCAAAACAUUCGUACGUUGUCGUUAGUUGUAUGUACUUUUACUUAUCUGCUAAUAGGAGCAGCCGUGUUUGAUGCCCUAGAAUCGGAAACAGAAGCAAGACGAUGGGAAUUUCUGAAAAGUGUGAAAGCAAACUUUGUGGCCAAGUACAACAUCACUCCGGAGGAUUACCAUAUGAUUGAGAUUGUGAUAACGGAGAACAAGCCACACAAAGCAGGUCCUCAAUGGAAGUUUGCCGGAGCAUUCUAUUUUGCCACAGUUGUCCUGGCAAUGAUAGGUUAUGGCCAUUCCACGCCAGUUACGAUUGGCGGGAAGGCUUUUUGCAUGGCCUACGCCAUGGUGGGUAUUCCGUUGGGGCUCGUCAUGUUCCAAAGCAUUGGCGAACGUUUGAACAAGUUUGCAUCGGUUGUAAUUCGCCGAGCGAAAAAAUAUCUGCGCUGCCAGCAAACGGAAGCUACCGAGAUGAAUCUGAUGCUUGCAACGGGAUUACUUUCGUCGGUUAUUAUUACGACCGGAGCAGCUGUGUUUUCACGAUACGAAGGAUGGAGCUAUUUCGACAGCUUUUACUACUGCUUUGUAACACUGACAACGAUCGGGUUCGGAGAUUAUGUGGCUCUGCAGAAUGAUCAGGCACUGAUAAAUAAGCCAGGCUAUGUUGCGUUAAGCUUAGUUUUUAUUUUAUUUGGACUAGCAGUGGUUGCUGCCAGCAUUAAUCUUCUGGUAUUAAGGUUUAUGACUAUGAAUGCAGAAGAUAUUCGUCGAGAAGAAGCGGAGAUGCAAUCUUCAGUCGACGGUCUCACAACGUAUGAAUGUGAAUCAACAGGAAAAUUACUUUCUUGCGCUAAUUUGAAUUACUGUUCAGAGAUGGAAGAAGAUGAUACAUCAGUUUGUUCUUGCACUUGUCUCGGAGGUAACAGUUACACCACCCACGAACAUGAAUUUCUUCUUGACCAAGGAUACCAUCCAGCUGAUAUAAUAACAAGUACUAUAAGUCUCAAGCGUAUGUCAAUUUAGUUCAUCUAUUGCAGCAGGAGUGCGGAUUCUGAGUAAAAUUAGCUAGAAUAUAAUCGACAGGAUUUUGGAAGAUAUAUAAUUCUAUUUAUUAUUUUUUCAGUCGUCCAUAAAUCAAUAUUUUCCUGUAGCUAGACUUAUAUUUAUGAACAUUCGGUCGUGCCAAAAAUAUCCAUGAUGAUUAUCAGCCGUUUUAUAGAUUUUGUAAUCACAGUUCUUCAAAUGUUUAAGUGCUAGAUAUCAAAUUGUACAUAUUGAAAAGUAUUUUUAUCUUGUGUGUUCUUACCUAUUUAUGUUGUA